AUGUCACUGGCUCCACUUCUCGCAGAGGUUGACUCGGAUCGUCGGGCCAGCCACGAGACGGAAUUGCCCACCAAUGAGCAACGCCUCCGGCGCACAAAAUGGGACAAAUCUGCGUAUAGAAAAGCGAUUGUCGCGAGGCAACUGCCCAAAUGCCCGGGUCCCAUCAUUGCCUGGUGGCUGGUGGCCGAGUUCAUCGACGGACUGACCGACUGUGGCCGAGAAGUGGAUGAGGCGAUCGGCCAACUGUUGCCACGCACCGACACCGACGAGUUCUUCUUUCCCUUCCUCAAUAGCGCAUGUGCAGCCCUGGCCGGUCUGUUCGAGGGUUUGAUGAGCCGACCGACCUACGGUCAACUAACACACUACACCGUCCGUUGCCUCCUCGCCCACUGGAGUAUGGUCUGUCGGGUCCAGUUGGCUCGAGCCUGUCUCGUCUGCCUGCAUGGGACGACCGGUGCCGGCGGCCCCUCUUCACGGCUCACCAUGUCCGAGUUGAUCAGGUGUCUGGUUGUCAUGGCGCAGGCCAAGCAGACGACCCAGUUGGUCGAGGCAACCACGGCAUGUGAGACCAGCGUCCACAUGGUCAUUGAGAUGGGUCAAUUCACUUCGUGUCGACCCUUCAUCGCCCGACAGGUCUACAUGCGAAUAGCUCGUCUCCUGCAGACUAGAAGGACACGGAGGACGCGAUGUCAUGUCGCAUCUGCGCCAGAUCAUGUUCUGGACUGCAUUGUCCUUCUUGAGGCGGAGGCGACGUCUGCCGGCCGGCGUCUCGACAAUCUGAGGCUGAGUGUGAACAGGCUGCUGAGGAUUGAGUUCUCAGGUGAGCACGAUGAGACAAUCUCGUGUCUGUCGGAUCAAAGUGAGCUGGAGAUGAUGAAUGAGCUGAAAAUUAUGACAUUAGAAUGGGUCAUCUCAGCGGUUUCAGGGCUCAUGGCCUCUUUUCUCCUCUGUCUACUCCUCUUUUGGAUGUAUCCUUACGUUCAGAGUGGACUUCAAAAAUUGGUGUUUGAAAUUCUCGGGUUUUCGAGGCCCCUUUGGUCAGUUUGCACAGAAACCCUGGUCUCCAUGCUUCUGAUGGCACCUUUGUCAGUACCCAUUUAUAGUGAACUGCGUCUGCGUAUCUCAAACCUGUUCGGGGGGAUUGUUUUAGCCUGGAAACUGACCCGACCAGUCAUGGACAGGGUGCACUUGGUUUCAGAAAUCCUGAAAAAAGACUUACUGGCUUAUUGGAACAUUCUUAGCCAUCACCGCAAGCGAAUACAGACUCUGUAUUCCCGACUGCUAUUGAGACUUUCUGCCGAAGGAUUUUAA